AUGACAAGAGAAGAGCAUUCAACAGAACUCCGCACCCAGAUUGUGGCCUUGGUUAUGGUUGCAAAAAUGAAGCCACAAGACGUUGCUAUGAUGCUUAAAAUCCCUCAAACGAGCGUUUAUAACAUCGUAAAACGUGCUAAAUUGCAAGGAUUUGACCCUACGGUUAAUCCUCGUAUUGAGCAUGAGCACGUUGCUAAUUUGAAGCGCAGUGGCCGUCCCAAAACGGUAACUGAGGAAAUUGAGGCUUCUAUUAUUGCGAGUGUAACCAAGGAUCGCGCUGGACGUGAGAAAUCUGCUGAAUAUCUUGCUUUUGAAGCCGGUAUUUCAACUACCUCUGUUUUGCGUCUUUUGAAAUUGAAUUCUUUUAGCAAAUGCAAGCCAACUUGGAAACCUGGUCUGACUGAUGACAUGAGAAGAAAAAGACUCGCUUUUGCCCUCGCACAUAAAGACUGGACCCUAGAGGACUGGAAAAAUAUUAUAUGGACGGACGAGACCUCGGUAAUCCUAGGCCACCGGAGGGGCUCUAAUCGGGUUUGGCGCAGGGUUUUUGAAUGCUACGAUCCCACUGUUAUUCGCCGGCGCUAUAAGAAUGCUUCUGAAUUCAUGUUUUGGGGCUGCUUUUCGUACGAUGCCAAAGGCCCCUGUCAUAUAUAUGAUCCAGAGAAUGCAGCAACUGCUCACCUAGUUAGCAACAAAUGCAAGGUAUUGGCCAGCGUCACAGCAACAGCAAAAAAGGCAGAGAAAGAGUUAGAGAUUGCAAACCGAGCGAGAGAAAUGAAAGCUCGAGAAGAAUGGGAGUUAAAUCAAGCAAUCAGAAAUCUUGAGCUCCGGCCUCGCCGUGGCCGGAAACCAGUAUUCAAAUUUACUACUAAAAAUGGAAAGCUGGUUCGAAAGAGCAAAGGUGGCAUUGAUUGGUAUCGCUAUCAAACUGAGAUUCUUGUGCCAAAGCUACUUCCUUUUGCUAAAGAAUGUCAACGCUCAAGGCCUAAUACAAUUAUAAUGGAAGAUAACGCUCCUGCGCAUGCCCAUUUCCAGCAAAAAGAGAUUUACUCUUUCCAUGAGAUUGACCGACUGCUUUGGCCUGGCAACUCCCUUGAUUUGAAUGCUAUCGAACCCACCUGGUUUUGGCUAAAAAACCGUACAACUCUUCAAGGCGCUCCCGGUGAUCGAAAGACAGCUAAAAAACUAUGGUAUAAUGCUUGGGAAAAGCUGCCACAGCAUCGUAUACAAGCCUGGAUUGAGAGAAUCCCUUUUCAUAUACAAGAAAUUAUACGUUUGGAGGGUGGGAAUGAGUACGCUGAGGGGCGGCCCCGGGGAGACCAGCGUCAACGUUGCCGGCGUAAAGGAGUACUCUCGUUCCGGGCAUAUAUGGAGGAUGAGGGGGAUUGGGAGGAUGCGGUGGAUAUUGGGGGAUUGGAGCGCUUUGUAUAACUUCAAAUAUCCCAAAUAAGCAUCUUAUUAGAUGAGCGGUUUGGAAAUAAUUCGUAAUGUCUAAUAU